AUGUCAGCUGCUGCGAUGGAAUCGACAUCUCAGCUGCGGACGGGUGAUAUUGUGCUGAUGGACCGCAGAUGCCUGUCGAUGCGUCACCCGGUGGGAAUAGCCAUUUGUCUCCUCAACAAGACGGAGUGCCGUUUUGACCACGUCGCAAUGAUCAUGAAACUCACUGAGGAGGAGCUGCGGGAGGAGGGGCAAACGAGUAUUGUCAGCACCGCGGGCUCCAUCUCGCCCUCCGGCACGUAUGUGCUGGAGACAAACCUUAACGGCAUUACCUUGAGAUCGCUAGAGCACCGUGUUGCAAGGUCGUCCGCAAACCAAAUAUCAGCCCGGUUAUUGCACAUGGAAGGGGAUCGCUCGGAGGCGGAAAAAAUUAUGCUGGAGCACUUAAAGACAAUACCGAAGCACCCUUACAAGAGUAGUUUGCUUGAAUUUUUGCCUUCCUUUUUUAGUACGCCGGACAAGAUGGAUCGCGUGAAGGCGGCACACAAGAUACACCUCCUUGCCAGGGAAAUAGCCAGCAUUGACAACCUCAUGCCUGAACAAAAUCCCGCAGAGGAUGCUGCCAUUUUACGCCGUCUACGACAGAUUUACGUCGAUGCCGCCGUGUUUCUUGGCGAUGUGUAUUUCCCUCAUUUGAAGCGAUUGGGUAACAAGGAAUUUCCUUCGAUUGAUUGGAGUGAGGGCCACUUUGCGGUGGAUGGCAAUAAUACGGACCAUGGCCUAUUUUGCUCCGAACUCAUCGUACGCUUGUGGCAGGGCGUUGGGAUGGUGCCUGGAUUUCCCCCUGCGUCCUCGUUUCGUCCGUUGGAUUUCUUAGAUGACGUUCGAUUUAAUUUCUUGGGUCCCACGAGGUUCGUUAGAAACAUGCUUUCCUUAACCAAAGGGGAUUCCGCCCCCGUUCUGAUGUGGCAUGACGCUGAAGAGGAAGCAAAGACCGUCACGGGGCGGUUGAAUUUUUACCGUCGUGUUACCGGUGACGUCCGCCUCGAAGGCGGUUUGAGGUCCAUGCAUCACUGGUUGAUUCAGUCGAACACAUAUCAAGCGGUGAGCAACGACCUGGACAUUAAUUUGUUUUCUCUAGGCGUUCUUUUCGCGCUCUCUGGGUGGCUGCUCGCUCCUCUUCGCCUACGCUGGAUUGAGUGUCAAUUGGGUGUUAUGCUGCGUCGCGGUGGUAUGUGGUCGUUGUCUGCGGGUUUUCUGGUACGAGACCUAUUUUGCGCCUUGACGCAGACGCUCACCGCCUGCCUCACUCUUCGCUGUCUCUCGCCACCUCGACCCAAUUCGGCCUCCCCCGCAGCCUUGUUGGGGCCCCCGUUGUUUGAGUCCGCCCUUUUCGACACCCGUCACCCGUACUACCACGUCUGCGCGGUGCUGCUGACGGCAAAUGCGGUGGCCCACGUGGCGACAACGCCGUUGCUGAACGCGGUGGUGGCGCAUCACUUUGGUCCUGUCACACCUCGGCCCUGGCCACUCCGCACCCUCAUGCGGGGCGCCGUGUCUCUGUGGCCCAUGGCCAUACUCUUGCCGUACCAGGCAGCUUGGUUAACUUGGUAUGAGACGGCGGGUUCUGCGUUUAUUCCGACGCCGUCUUCCCUGCUGCGUCGGCGAUGCGAUUUGCUGGAUACGGACGAGUGGCGACAUUUCAGGUAUGAAGCAAUGGCAGGGGCUUUUGCUGCUACUGCAUUCUUUGACGUUGCUCUCUACCCGCUUCAAACCCGCUGCUGGCGUUCAUUUCUUUCGGAACUGCAUCGACCUGCACCAUCGCCAAGCUACGGAAGGCGACUCUACGCCGGGUAUAGUUUUCGUUUUGCUGGGAAUAUAAUAUCCAUGGUGACUACGACGCUCUCUUUGUCUUUUUUGGGAUUACUCUAA